AACUAUUUCAUUUCUUCUUAUAUAUACUUUUCAUUCCAUUAUCUAUCUAACUUUUUCCUUAUUUGUUCCAAAUUUAUCAAAUACUUCUAAACAGUUUGACAUCCAAUGGACACAAAAACCAAUUCAAUAAUUCUUAGCCACAUAGAAAGGACCUGAUAGAGUAAUAAUUCCUCAUUCACACACACUCUCUCUCUCUCUCUCUCUCCUUCUUCCUCCCAUUGCUUCUCUUCUUUUGGUAUAAUUUUGCUUUCAUUUCACUCACGCUCUCACAUCUUCCAACCAACACAACACACCUCCACUUUUCGAGAAAAAAAAAAAAAAACAACUUUGGUUUGGUGAGAAAAAGAGAUGAAAAAGUGGAGUUCAAAAGCAACCCAAAUUAGGAGCGAUGAAUAUGGACGAAAAGGAGAUGAAGACAUAGAUUGGGAGAUCAGACCAGGCGGAAUGAUUGUCCAGAAACGACGCAUAGGUUCGAAUCCGAAUUCAGAGUGUUUCAUUACCAUCAACGUCUCUCAUGGGUCUAACCGUCAUCAAAUCACCGUUGAUUCCCAUUCCACAAUUGGAGAUUUAAAGUCGAGGUUACAACGACAGACAGGGUUGGAACCGACGGAACAGAGGUUAUUGUUUAAAGGGAAAGAGAAAGAGAACGAGGAGUGGUUGCAUAUGGCUGGUGUAAACGACAUGUCGAAACUUAUACUUAUGGAAGAUCCUGCUAGUAAAGAGAGGAAGAUGGAAGAGAUGAAGAAGAAUAACUCUGUCGCCGCCGGUGAAGCUCUGGCCAAGGUAGCAGUUGAGGUCGACAAACUCUCUGAAAAGGUUGCAGCGGUGGAAGGUGGCGUUAAUGGAGGGAAGAGGGUGGAGGAGAAGGAACUAAAUUUAUUGAUAGAGUUAUUGAUGAUGGAAUUGUUGAAGUUAGAUGCAAUUCACACUACUCAUCCUGAUUCCAAAAUUCAUAGAAGAACCCAGGUUGUUAGGGUACAAAAAUUAGUGGACAGGCUUGACAAUUUGAAGGCUACAAUCUCAAAUUCCAUGAAAAGAGAUUCAAGUAGUAGUGGAAGAGCCAAAUGGGAAGCAUUUGAAUGUGGAUUUGGGAGCCUCAUUCCUCCAACUUCCAAACUCACCAUCUCUUCUACAAAAAUAACUCAUGAUUGGGAACUCUUUGACUAGUACUUCUGUUCACUUCCAUAUAUUCCUAUUUUCUUUUAUGUCACCCUCUCCAACCCAAUGGAAUCUCCAUUAUUUUUGACAAUAUUUUGUGUACAUAUUCUUUCAUUUCGCCUCUCCAAAUACAUCCCAGUAUAUAUAGGCUCUGGAUAAGCCAACCCUAAUAAGGUCUGUGUGCUUACACUCUCAUGUUUAAUUUGGUUUUCUUUCUUAAAA